AUGCUUGCCCGGCGGCUUCUCGCCUCGUCCAGCGCGGCGGCAGAGGGUUGCGGGAAGCGCAGGCGGCAGGCGUUCGCGGGUCGUGCUCCCAGGCCACUCGGCCAUCCAUGGGCCGGGCGGCGGUGCACGACGACGGCCGGGGCCAGUGCAGAGGCGCAGGGCGUCGCAGAGGCGUCUGUAGAUGACAACAAGCCGAAGAGCGACGGGAAGAAGAAGAAGCAGCAGCAGCAGAAGAAGCAGGGCGGCAAUAAGAAGGGCGGUGGCCGCGAGACCGGCAGCUCGCUCGAGGAGCUCAUGCAGAUCAGGAUGGACAAGGCGGACGCGCUGCGCGAGGCCGGACAGAACCCGUACGCCUACACGUUCCCCCGGACGCACUCGUGUGCCGAGCUGCAAGGCCUGUACACCGACCUCGAGCCCGGGACGGAGAAGGCAGCGUCCGAGAAGGCCGGCGGCGACAUCUGCGUCGCGGGGCGCCUGAUGGCCAAGCGCGUCAUGGGCAAGCUGGCCUUCCUGCGCAUCCAGGACCCCUCCGGCCCAGUCCAGCUGUACGUGGACAAGAAGGCGCUCCCGGAGGGGGGCUUCGCGGAGAUGAAGGCGAUGGUGGACGUGGGCGACAUCGUGGGCGCGCGGUGCCCGUCGGUGCGGCGCACGGACAAGGGCGAGCUCUCCGCGGUCCCCGCCGAGCUGUCGAUCCUGACCAAGUCGAUCCGCCCGCUGCCCGACAAGUGGGCCGGUCUGACGGACGUGGAGCAGCGCUACCGCCAGCGCUACGUGGACCUCAUCAUGUCCCCGGAGUCGCGCAACACGCUCGUCGCGCGCUCGCGCAUCGUGUCGGGCAUCCGCCGGCUGCUCGACGCGCGCGACUUUUUGGAGGUGGAGACGCCCACGCUGCAGCAGGAGGCGGGCGGGGCGGACGCGCGGCCGUUCGUGACGUACCACAACGCGCUCGGGCAGGACUUCACGCUGCGCAUCGCGACGGAGCUGCACCUGAAGCGGCUCGUCGUGGGCGGCAUCGAGCGCGUGUACGAGCUGGGGCGCAUCUUCCGCAACGAGGGCAUCUCCACGCGGCACAACCCGGAGUUCACCUCGAUCGAGGUCUACCAGGCGUACGCGGACUACAACGACAUGAUGGACCUCACGGAGGACCUCAUCCGCGACGCCGCGCAGUCGGUGUGCGGCGGCCACAAGGUGACGUACGACGGCGUCGAGAUCGACCUCGAGGGGCCCUUCCGGCGCGCGUCGAUGCACGACCUCGUGCAGGAGGCCACCGGACUCGACUUCAUGUCGGACGAGCUGCGCAGCGACCUCGAGGCCGCGCGUGCGGCCGGCGCCGAGGCGCUGAAGAAGGCUGACAGCGACGGCGCGAUGGCGUCCCUCGGCGCGGUGAGCGGCGCGCCGUCGGUGGGGCACGUAGUGAACGAGCUGUUCGAGGCGCUCGUGGAGGACUCGCUCGUGCAGCCGACCUUCGUGACGGACCACCCUGUCGAGGUGUCGCCACUGGCGAAGCCGCACCGCUCCAAGCCCGGCUGCGUCGAGCGGUUCGAGCUGUUCGUCACGGCGCGCGAGCUCGCCAACGCGUUCUCCGAGCUGACGGACCCCGUGGAGCAGCGCAGGCGCCUCGAGGCGCAGAUCGAGUCGCACCGCGCACGCGCCGCAGCCACCAAGGACAAGGAGGGCAACGUGGACGUGGAGAUGGACUACGAGGUCAAGCUGGACGAGGACUUCCUGCGCGCGCUCGAGCACGGCAUGCCGCCGACCGCCGGGCUGGGCAUCGGCGUGGACCGCCUGGUGAUGCUGUUGACCGACUCACCCUCGAUCCGGGACGUGAUUGCAUUCCCGCUGCUCAAGAGCUGA